CUUGUUGUGAGUUCAAAAGUGCGUGUCUAGUCCAACAGUGUGAUGUUUGAAAAAAUAAAUAAACCGAGCAAUUUAACUGAGGCAUUAUUACCUAUUUUAAUAUGCAAUUGGACAUUCGGUCACCAAAUGAUACAAUGUAACCAAAAUAAUUUCGUAGUGUUACAGAAAUUUUUUUACUUUGUUUUCAUAAUAUGUAUUUAUGUAAUUACUUGGAGUUUGGCGAUAGUAUAUUCGUUGAGUGCAGCUGUGGCUACUUAUCAGGAAAAUAUAUACUGGGUUGUUAUUGGUGUGAAUGCUUGGAUAUUUUUUAUAAAUAUUAUUUUAGGUUUGAUUUUUCGAAAUAAAGCCCGGAUGAUUCAUAUAAGAUGCAUGAGAGCCGAUAAAAAACUUGAAAAUUUAGGAGUUCCAGUAAACAACCAGCGGUCUUUUAGAUAUUCGCUGAUCACGACAAUAAUCUGGAUAGUCACUGCACUUUUACUUAAUCUUUUGACAAUCAUAUGGAACAUCGAAUCUGAUGAAAUAGUUGUCGAUAGUAUUAUCACCUACACUCUUCAUCAUCCAACGCAUAUGAAUUAUUUGAUUGAUUUAACUUUUUGUCUGUUGGUACACAACAUGAGUAUAAGAUUCAGAAAAAUUAACAAGGCUCUUUUGAAGUUCACGGUGCUACAGAGUAAUGACUUAAUAUUGACUAAAAAUAAUAAGCUAAUAUUAGACAAUCGUUGUGGUGUCUGUAAUCAAACUUCAUCACGUCUCAGUAACAGUCUCCAUAUACUCAAAAAUAUUCAUUUAGAACUGACAACUUUGUGUGAAAAAAUAACUAACAUAUUUGGAGUUCAAAUAAUAAUGACCACGGUGUCGUCAUUUACAUUAAUUACUGCUACCCUAUAUGAUUUGUUUUUGACAAUGAAGGAUCCGAAAAUUAAAAAUAAUGAAAAAAUAUAUGAAGCUUCCGUACUUUUGAGUUGGGUUGUAAUUAACAUCGCUAAUUUUCAAUUCAUUAAUUUUAUUUCUGCCCAAACUGUGCAUGAGUGGGAUCGAACAAACAAAAUAAUCCACAAAUUAGAAUCACAAUCUCAGGAUACCGAACUCUGUUCCACGAUUCAAAAAUUUGCGUUACAAAUGUUGCAAAACCCAUUGAAGUUUUCGCCAUGCGGAUUUAUUGAUCUCGGGUACCCAUUUGUUCGAGACUUUGCUGGAACAAUAACAACUUAUCUGAUUAUAUUAAUCCAAAUGGCGCCAAACCAGUAG